GCUCCAUGGAACUGCUCUCGCAGUACCUGGAGCGCUUCUCUGAGGUUCUGGCUGCCUCCCGCACGACCCACGUCAGCACCUGGGACCCAGUGACCGUGCGCAGGGCCCUACAGUGGGCUCGGUACCUGCGCCACAUCCACAAGCGCUUUGGCCGCCAUGCCCGCAUUAGCAAGGCACUGGAGCGGCGACUGCAAAACCAGUGGAAGCAGCAGGGCGACUCUGGGCCUGCUCCAGCCCCGGGGUUGGCGAACUUCCAGGCCUUGGGGCUCUGCGACCAGCUGCUGUCCCUGCGACUGCUGGCGAACCCGGCCCUCGGGGAUGCCUCCUUUCACUACCUGCUGCAGCAGCUCUUUCCCGGCCCUGGCGUCCCGGAUGCCGAGGAGUCGUCGCUCCAAGGCAGCCUGGCCCGCCUCGCCCGCCGCCGGGCCGCUAUUCACAUGCUGCGCUUCAACGCCUAUGGAGAGAACCCGGUCCUUCAGGAGGACUCACUGAUGAAGACCCAGGCGGAGCUGCUGCUGAGGCGUCUGCAGGAGGUGGGGGAGGCCGAGGCAGGGGGCUCUGGUAGGCUUCUCAGCAGCCUGUGGGAGCGCUCGCCCCAGAACAACUUCCUGAAGGUGGUAGCGGCCGCGCUGUUGCUGCCGCCGUCGUCUCCCCGGCACCAAGAAGAGGAAUUGGAACUAGGCAGCCCCAAAACUCUGGGAGAGGAGGGUCAAGAGGUGCUUCGCUGGCUUCUGGGGAGAUCGGAUGUCAUGGUUGCUUUUUGCCGCAGCCUCCCAGCCGGGCUUUUAACUUUGGUGGCGGGGCGCCAUCCAGAGCUCUCCCGGGUCUAUCUGCGCCUGCUAACAGACUGGGGUCGACAGCUGCACUACAGCCUUCAGAAAGGCCUUUGGAUUGGAACUGAAUCCCAGAGUGUGCCCUGGGAGGAGUUGUUGAGCAGGUUUCAAAGCCUCUGUCAGGCCCCUCCACCUCUGAAAGAUGAAGUUUUUACUGCCCUGAAGUCCUGUAAGGCUCAGGAUGGAGAUUUCGAAGUCCCUGGUCUUAGCAUCUGGACAGACCUGUUGCUGUCUCUUGGGAGUAGUGCGUGAUAUUGCAUUUGGGCAGAGACAAGUUCUCAACCCAGGCCCCAAUUCUCUAUGGGCAACGUUCUGUAACUGAGCACUCGAAUAUAUGGUUUACAAAAUUAAAAUCCCAGUGUUCUCACCA